CACCAAGAUGCUUCUCCACCGGCCCUCAAAUUGGAAGAUCUCAUGAACGCCAUCACGAACUUGGGCAACGAAUUGCAUGCCACGCGGGUUCAACAGGCGUCCAUGGCAAGGAAACUCGCCGAGAUUGCUCCUGAAGACUCCUCCGGUGUUCACGGUCGCCCCCCCACCACCGGGUUUCGGCCGCCGGGGACGCGUAUGCCAUACGUCUAAGCCGGCUCUGAUCCCAUCCCGCGCAUGCGUGUUGACGCACCCCGUUUUACCGGGGAGGAUCCCACAGGGUGGGUAUUCCGGGUUCAAAAGUAUUUUGAUUAUUUUCUUACACCGGAGCAAGAACGCUUUCACCUGGUCGCUAUGCUCAUCGAUCACCCCGCUUCGGAGUGGUUCCGAUAUUAUCAAGCUAACAACUGUAACGCCCGGUGGCCAGAAUUCUUGAAGGCGGUCCAGCAGCGCUUUGAUCCCAGUUACUACGAAAAUUAUGUUGGGCUGCUCUCCAAACUGACACAAACCUCUUCGGUGAUGGAUUACCAAACAAGCUUUGAAGCCCUAUUGAAUAAAGUUUCGGGUGUUCCAGAGGCAACGCUCGUAGCCAUGUACAUCGCCGGUCUCAAACAACCUGUGCAGCGUGAAGUGAACCUCCGUACUCCAACUACCCUCCCGGCUGCGUUCGCCUUAGCACGUGAGUUAUCGGCCUCUUAUCAAGACUUGCAGGGUGCCUCUUCCUCACGCCGUGCAUGGCCGGUCCGCCAGCCCGCGACCACUCCCCCUGGGUUUCCAGUUUCAGCCAACCCGUCCCAGAUCCCACCGCCUUCCCGAGGGUCCUUUCCGCCAUCCAAACCCGCUGCUUCCAGUUCUCUCUCUCAGUUGCCUAUUGUUAAAGUGAGUGCGGCCGAUAAGGCCGAGCGGGCAAAAAAAGGGUUGUGUUGGUAUUGUGAUGAAAAGUGGGUUCCGGGGCAUCAUUGCAAACACCGCUUUCUCGCCUUUAUGGGGCCCGACGACGACGACGACCACACUGCCAAUGCGGAUCAGGUUGCUGAGGAUAUUAUUACCGCCGAUAUUUCAAGUAUGCAUUCACUGGCCGGCAGUCCUCAUCCUCGUUCCUUGAAACUCCUCGGAGCUGUGAAUGAUGUUCCGGUCCAGGUCCUACUCGAUGGCGGUAGCACUCAUAAUUUUUUGCACCCCGCCAUGGCUGGACGACUUGCCUUGGUCCUUCACCCAGUGACCCCAUUCCGUGUGUACGUGGGCAACGGGGAUUCCCUACGAUGCUCCUAUUCCUGCCGGCAGACACCCCUAUUCCUCCAGGGCAACACCUUUGACGUUGAUUUGUUUAUUUUGGAAAUUCAUGGGCCGGACAUCGUGUUGGGGGUGCAAUGGCUGCAAACCUUGGGCAAGGUGUCUCAGGAUUAUGCAAAUUUGACUAUGGAAUUCUCGUAUCAAGGCAAGGCGGUGCUUUUACAGGGCGAUAAUCAACCUCCUCGGCCGAUUGCUUACAACCAUCUAUGGGCGCUGACAAGUCGGGCAUCAGAUCUAGAAUUUUAUGAACUUGUCGUGACCUCGGCCCCUACCCCCACGACAGCAGAGGCCACCCUUGAGUUACCCACUGACGUUCCGGCUCCAAUCCGCGCCAUUAUACAUGGCCAUGCAGCCCUAUUUUCUCCGCCAGUCGGCCUGCCACCCUCACGCCCAUGGGAUCACCAGCUACACUUGGUUCCGGCCGCCAAACCCGUCAAUGUGCCGGAGGACAGUUUCCAGCGGCUAAAAUUGGCCAUGACCACGGCCCCGGUCCUUCGGCUUCCGGACUUUACCCAGCCAUUCUACCUCGAGACGGAUGCAUCUGACACGGGCAUUGGCGCGGUUUUACUCCAACGUGGACAUCCAAUCGCUUUCUUUAGCAAAAAGCUCGGGCCUUGGCGUCGCACCGCGUCGACGUACCACAAGGAACUUUAUGCCAUUGUCGAAGCCGUCCAAAAGUGGCGCCAGUAUUUGCUUGGACGGGAAUUCGUGAUCCGUAGCGAUCAACGGAGCCUUAAGGAGCUUCUGUUGCAAGUUAAUCAAACUCCGGACCAACAGUUCUAUAUCCGGAAACUCAUGGGAUUCAAGUUUCGUAUUGAAUACAAGACUGGGGCAUCCAACAAGGCGGCGGAUGCAUUGUCCCGACGAGAGGCAGAGGAGGACUCUUCGGCCAACCUCUUCACCACUUAUGCCCAACCGGUCCCCCGUCUCCUCGCUACUCUCUGACACAAGCAUCUCCACUGCCCAGAGAUUGUGGCGUUGGUUGACGCCGUGCGCCAAGGCAAAGCUGCCAGACCCUAUUCAUGCCAUGACGGCAUACUCUACUACCACCACCGCAUUUAUGUCAGCGCCGGUUCGCCCUUAUGCACUCAACUUAUCACAGAAUUUCAUAGUACCCUCAUCGCGGGACACCAAGGCGUU